GGAUCCUCCAGGUGUGAAGCAAGCAAUUUGUUCUUCUCAUUUGAUACUAACAGCAAAAGGACAACUCUACGUCUAACUUAUUUGACUUCAUUAUUUGGCUUUCAAUUACAUUAACUAGAUGAAAACCAUACAGAAAUUAGCCUGUGAACUAUAAGACACAGGCUUAAAUAAUUUGAUUGAAACGUUACAGAUAACUCAGCUGUUCUCUCAAGGGCAGGACUCCAACACUGCAGGUGGAAAAGCAACAAAAAGAACAAGACAAAGAAAACUAGGAGGAUUUUUCCUGGGAGACACACAUUAGCUAUGUGAAGCCAACCGUUACUGAGAGAAAAUGCCAAACUUUUCUUUGUUCAACACAAUCAUUUUUGCUUCUUAAAAAGAAACGGAAGAUGAAAGACCGACUUCAAGAACUAAAGCAACGAACAAAAGAAAUCGAACUCUCCAGAGACAGGCAUGUGUUGACUACAGAAGCAGAACAAGGGGUGUUUUUGCAGCAAGCUGUUAUUUAUGAAAGAGAGCCGGUAGCUGAGAGACACUUACAUGAGAUCCAAAAACUACAGGAGAGUAUUAACAAUUUGACAGAUGAUGUUCAAAAAUUUGGGCAGCAACAGAGAAGUCUGGUGGCUUCAAUGAGAAGGUUUAGUCUACUUAAGAGAGAGUCUAGCAUUACAAAGGAGAUAAAAAUACAAGCAGAACACAUUAACAGAGGUUUGGAUGAUUUAGUAAAAGAAGUUAAGAAGUCAGAGGCUGAAAAUGGUCCAUCAGCAGUGGUGACAAGGAUACUUAAAUCUCAGCAUGCUGCGAUGUUCCGCCAAUUUCAGCAAACAAUGUUUACAUACAAUGACACAUUAGCAGCAAAGCAGGAGAAGUGCAAGACAUUUAUUUUCCGUCAGCUCGAAGUUGCUGGAAAAGAGGUGCCUGAAGAAGAAGUAAAUGAUAUGCUUUAUCAAGGCAAAUGGGAAGUUUUUAAUGAAAGCUUACUUACAGAAAUCACUAUCACUAAGGCACAACUCUCAGAGAUAGAACAAAGACACAAGGAACUUGUUAAUUUGGAGAACCAAAUAAAAGAUUUAAGGGACCUUUUCAUUCAGAUAUCUCUUUUAGUAGAGGAACAAGGAGAAAGCAUCAACAAUAUUGAAAUGAUAGUGAAUGGUACAAAAGAAUAUGUUAACACUACUAAAGAGAAAUUUGGACUUGCUGUAAAAUACAAAAAAAGAAAUCCUUGUAAGGUAUUGUGUUGUUGGUGUUGCCCAUGCUGUGGCUCAAAAUAAAGAAGCUAUUUUAGACAUUUUUUCCAGUUGUAGAAUGAAGGAUGUCCCAUAUUUCAGCAUCUUUCUUCAUUUUACAGAUCCAUUCACAUACCUUUCAUCAUUAUUAAGUCAUAAUUUUCCUCUUCAGCCCUUAUCUACUAGACCAACAGAAACUUCUUCAGUCAGGGACAAAGCAAGUCAUUUAUUAAACCAAAAACAGUAUAGCUAGUUAACUUUAAACUCACAAGUUAACUACUAAAAAUGAGAUCAAUGAUCUUAUGUUUCUGUUCAGGUACCAAGCUCUAUUAUGUAUUUUGUAACUUUUAAUGCCUUAACAAGAUGAAUGUAAGUGACAACUGCUUAACCAAUCCUUCUGGCUCAUUUGAGAGCAUUUCAGUGGUAAAUUAAGUGCAUGAAACAAGACCUCAAAAAGUGCUAUAUUAAAAUCAAACCAGAAGCUGUGUCAAAUCUUUUAUGCUCAGAUGGGUAAAUUAACUCGGUGGUCAAUAAAUCAUGGAAAAAUCCAACUAUGUACUGAAUGAAGAGUCUGGUUGGUAACUGAGAGCUGAAUCUAGCUUAAGGCCUAAGAAAGUAAGGCACUGUUUUCCUGAACUUGGGUCCAUUCAGGACAUUGUAGUACAGAUCAGGAAGGUUGGCAAAGAAAGUAAAAAAUAAAGGCAAUUGCAUUCUCAAAAGAUUCUCUAUCACUUUACGGUGAAGCUGAACACUGCACAAUGGGCUAGGGAUAUAGUCUAAACUCACACAGGAAUAGAGUUUUGGAAUUCACAUUUUAAUGGAGAAAGCAGGUAAAAAACAAAUACAAAUAUUAGAUACUGUUAAGCUCUUGGCAGAAACUUAAGAUAUUGAAAAACUGACUUUUGGAAUGGCUUCUUUUCCUUGGGUGGUCAGUGAAGGCCUCUCUGAAAGGGAACAUUAAAUGAAUAUCUAAAUGAUGAGGACAAGGAACAGUAUAUCCCAGGCAUAGAACAAAGAACCUGAGGAUGAUAUAACUUACUCUGUUUAAAGAAAAAUGAGCAGUACAGCUGUAUCAUAGUAAGAAAGGAGUAAUGAGGUAAGAGAUAAAGUUAAGAAAGGUCAGCAGGGGCUAGAUGAAAGGCUUUGUUGGCCAUGUAAGUCCGAAGUUUACAGCAAGUAUAAUCAAUGUAAAGCCCUUAGACUGUCUCUAGCCUGAAAAUGACGUUAUGUAAUUUAUCUGAGAAAAAUCAUCUUGUCUGCUGUAUGUGGGUUAGAAUGGAUUUGAGGCAGAUGAGUGGAGGACAAGGAUGCAGGUAUAGAAAACCACCAGAAGGGUAAUGCAGCAAUCCCAGUAAGAGAUGGUGGAAGCCUGGACUAGGAUGGGAAUGGAGGUGGGGGUGGGGGUAGCAUUACUAACACUCAAGGUUAAUACAGUGUGUUAUGUCUCAGCAUUGUUCUAAUAAUUUUACAGUUUUGCCCACAAAAACACUAGGUACGGUGAGGUUAAGUAACCUGUCCCAGGUCACAGAAACUGUGAGAAUCAGAAUUUGAACCCAGGCUGUCUGAUUCCAAAACAAAUUCUUAACUACUAGGUACUAUAUAAGCGGCGAUGAAAAAAAAAUUAGACUAACUUGUGAUAGAUUUCAAAGCUAGAAUCUACAGGAGACUGAUUGGAUGAUCUCGUGACCCUGGGAUCAUGACCUGAACCAAAAUCAAGAGUCACAGGCUCAACCAACUGGGCCACCUAAGUGCCCCAGAGGUGGGUGAUUUUAGAAUGAAGUUACCUAAAAAGUUUGUAGAUCCAAAAAAAUCAAAUACCCAGAGAAGAGCCUGAGGCAUUCCAAAAUUUCCACCUAAAGUGGAAGAGUUAAUAAAGGAGAUUGAGAAGAAACUAUUAAUGAAGUAUAAGGAAAACCAAAAAAGUGUGCUACAAUGCAGAGUGUUAAAAGGACAAAGUUUAGGAAGAAGUCAACCUGACGUAAAAUAAGAACAGCAAACUGACAAUGGAUUUGGCAAAGUGAAGACAAAUCGUUGACUCGAACAUGAGCCAUUUCAAGGAUUUGUAGGGAUAGAAGCACAAGAGAAGUACGUUGAAGAAAGAAUGCGAUAUGAAGUAUAGCAGCCACUACGAAGUAUACUUUUCAGCUAUGUGAAUAGAGGACUGUGAAAAGGAAUGAACUGCUUGAGAAGAAUGCAGGGUCAAAGGAUUCCAUAACACUUAAAGUUAAGAAGUCCAAGAGCACAUCCUGCUAAUGGGAAUGAUCCACACUGGCAAACUCUUGAUAUAAGAAAUGGAAGGGAUUAUAUGCAAAAGUAGAAAGGAUUGGGAUCUAUAGUACAAAUGGAGAAGGUGGCCUUGGAUAGGAGCAGAAGCACUUUUUCCAUAUUAUAGUCUCGAGAAAAGGCAAUAUUUAGGAAUAAAAGCAGAUAGUUGAACAAAUUUGGUGGUCCUAAAUGAAAGAAUUCUUACAUAAGUUUCUAUUUCCUUAAAGAACUAGGAGGCAAAAUUAUUAGUUGAAAGCACAGUGGAGUUGAUGGAUAACAGGAAUAUACAUAUACAUAACCUCCUAACACUAUAAAAUAAAUUUUAAAUUAUAAAAUACAAAGAAAUUGAAGAGCUUUCUGCUGUGUCAAUUAUCAAGUAUUACCAGAGAAAAAG